AUGGGCCACAGUCUUGUGGUUUUCGUUGAUAUUAUUCCAGUUACUUCGGCUCUAGAUCCGAUGUACCGAAGCGCAAUGACUGGUGGCCCACAUAAGGAUUCGAAGAUGAAUUCAAUUAUUAAAGCAAAAUAUGCAUCGCCGACAAUUGAUAACCUCUGGGAAAAAAUCCUCGACGAUAUUUUGCUUUAUUAUAUCGCGGGACGUAGCGCAAAACUUCUUAAAAAAUCUCUGGAUUCAAUGGAAGGCUCUGGUUUCGGCGGUUUGAAAAAAAAAUCGAUACCAGAAGGUUCACCAGAAAAUUUUCAAGAUUAUUCAAGCAGAUAUGAACGAUCGUUAGAUUUGUUGGAAGGAGAAGGCUUUGGUAAUAUGGAGAAAAAAAGAAAUUUAUUUAAAAAAUCCUUGGAUGUACUUGAUGGUUCUGGCUUUGGUGGAUUACGAAAACGUUCUUCCCGAUUCGCUGACAAAUCAGUUUUGAGUUAG